AUGGAGAACGCAAAUCUAUGGACCAGGAGAUCCAACUCCAGCAGGCUUUCUUUAUCGGUAUCUGAUAAUCGAGAUUCACAUGGAAGGUCUGAUUCACCGCGUAGCUCGUCAAAACGAUUCGGUGACGGGCAUGGUCGCUCAAAUCCGUUCAAUGCAAUCUCCCCGCUUUCCACAGGCGUAUCAUCACCCUCCACCAAUGCUUCCUCAGCCUUUGGCCUUGGUUCCGGCGCUUUCGCUUCUUUCGGAUCGGCAGCGAAGACUCCAAAGACACCAGGCGCAUUUGAUUUCAACUCCUCCAAAUCUCGAACCGAAAAACAAGAUGGAGAGCACAGUGGAACGGGCUCGAAGAGCGUUAAAUCCAAGGGUUCUUCAUCCUCCCUCAACAGUACCAAUACCAGUGGACCAAAGGAGCAUCCUUUAAAAUCGACGUGGGUUGUCUGGUAUCGCCCACCCACACCAAAGUACUCCGACUACGAAAAAUCUACAAUUGCCUUAGCAUCGAUAUCUUCCGUUGAGAGCUUCUGGGCCGUCUAUUCACACCUUAAAAGACCAUCUCUCCUUCCUACGGUUUCAGAUUAUCACAUCUUUAAGAAAGGGAUUCGCCCUGUAUGGGAGGAUCAAGCGAAUAAAAAAGGCGGGAAGUGGAUUGUUAGGUUGAAGAAAGGAGUUGCAGACCGUUAUUGGGAAGACCUUCUUUUAGCCAUGAUUGGCGAUCAGUUCGCCGAGGCGAGUGACGAGGUCUGCGGUGCAGUCCUUAGUGUCCGCAGCGGCGAAGACGUUUUAAGUGUGUGGACAAGGAUUGAUGGAGGCCGCAAUAUCAAGAUUAGGGAAACAAUGAAACGGCUAUUGAAUUUCCCACCGGAUACCAACAUUGUGUGGAAGAGUCAUGAUGAUAGUAUAGCCCAAAGGACCGCUAUUGACCAGGCUCGGCAAGAUAAAGCUGCAAAUUCGGGCCAUCACCAAGGUUCCGACCGCCGACGCGGAGCCAAUCCUGAUGAUUCCACAGGGGAAAAGGGGAAGGGUUCAGCAUCUUGA